AUGUCUAGCACUGCUUCUCUAAAGGAGGUAAAGCCUGCGAUCCCAUCAGACUCGCUGCUGUCGUCUGUGAUCCAUAACCAGCAAAAUGUUGCUGAAGAAUCUGCUCCAGCAGCAUUUUUCGAGGCCGAUGCCGGUGAUGGAACCAAGAGAGAAGACAUGUAUUUGAGCGGCAAGAAGCUUGCGCUCUGUCUUGCCUCCCUCUUCCUCUGUAUGUUCUUGUUCGCAUUGGAUCAAUUGAUCGUUACUACCAUCUUGUCCACUGUGGGUAGCAAAUUCAACGCAUUGAACCAGGUCGGAUGGUUGUCGUCUGGUUUCCUUAUCAGUAUGGCCGUUUUGGUCGCCGUUUGGGGUAAAUUGUCCAUUGUCUUCGGUCGUAAAAGCACCAUGCUUGUGGCCGUGCUCUUCUUCGAGGCUGGUUCUCUCAUGUGCGCUUUGGCCAAUGACAUGAAUGUUCUUAUUGGUGGUAGAGUCUUGGCUGGUAUUGGCGGUGGUGGUAUUCAGACUAUGACAUUCAUCAUUGUCACUGAGAUUCUUCCCAUUCACAAGAGACCUAUGGGUAUGGCCUUGAUCGGUACUGUUUUCGGUGUUGCCUCCGUGUUGGGCCCUCUUAUUGGUGGUGCCUUCACCUCUGGUGUCUCUUGGAGAUGGUGUUUCUACAUCAACUUGCCUGUUGGUGCCGUCGCCGUGGUAGUGUUCAUUUUCUCCUUUAACCCUCCAAAGGGUCACGGUAACAUCUGGGCCAAAUUGAAGAUCAUCGAUUAUCCUGGUAUCUUCUUGUUGACCUCAGGUUUGGUUCUCCUUCUUUUGGCCAUGACCUUUGGUUCCGGCGGCGAGUUCCCAUGGCACUCGGGCGCUGUCAUCUCUUGCUUUGUUCUCGGUGGUCUCUUGACCAUUGGCUUUGGUGUUUGGAACUUUUGCUUCUCUAAGAAUCAAUUGAUUCCAAUUGAGGUCGUUAAAGUCUGGCCCACUAUGGCCGCCGCCAUCACCAUGUAUGGUAUGUUCGCCUGUUUCAUGGCCGCUGCCAUUUUCCUCGCAAUCUAUUUCCAGGUCAUUCACGGUGCCUCCGCCUGGAGAUCCGGUGUCGAUAUGUUGCCUCUUAUCAUCAGUGUCGUCCUUACCUCUAUUACUGGUGGUAUUCUUGUCAAGAAGACCAGAUUCGUCAAGCCCUUUGUCAUUUUCGGAACUUCCAUGACCAUGAUCGGCUCCGGUCUCCUCACUUUACUUGAGGUCGACUCCCCAACUUCCAAGAAGAUCGGUCUUUUGAUUCCUUUAGGUGUUGGCAUUGGUAUCAACAUGCAAGCUGCAAUCAUGGCUGGUCAAAUCACUGCCCCAAAGACUCCCGGUGGAAUUAUCCUCGCUACCACUGUCAUCAACUUCUGUCGUUCUGUCGGUGGUGCCAUUGCUGGUAUUUUGGCCGAUGUAGUUUACACUUCUACAAUCGAGAAGAACUUGCAGCCUGAAUUGAUGAAGCAGUCUCCUGCUGUCAUUGAGGAGCUCUCUAAAUACAACUUGAGAAGCCUUAUUCAACAGAACAUUACCGGCUUGUCUCCUGCCAGUGAGUACUUCUUGAAGUCCGUGAUCAUGAAGGCCAUUAAGUACGUGUUCUACGUCAACUUUGCAUACGCUUCCAUUGCCUUGAUCUUUUCUUUGUUUGUCACAAACCAAAGAUUGCCAGAGGCCACUCCUCAGGAAAGAGACUCCGUGAAGGAUUCUGAAGACGUAAAGUCUGCUGAGGUGAAGCCUGCCGAGGUUGAGCCUGCUCAGGAGAAGCCUAUUGAGCAAAAAGCUUAA